AAAAAUAAUAGACGGAUGUUGAACUUAACAUUUACAAGGAAAUGUGAGAUUUUUAUUUGGCAUAAUUUCACUUAACAUAUUGACAGUGUAUUCCAUUGCAAAGGUUCAUAUUAAUAUAUGUUUAAUAUUUCUUGGGUUAGUGUUCUUAUUGAAAUAGAAGUUUAAAAAAUGGCGACUGUAUUUGAUAGUCCAUUUAUUCGACAACGUUUACAUCGUCUACGGCACCGUGAUUUCGAAUUAGAUGAAGAUCAAAGAUUUGGGCGAUGUGAUUGUACAAGCUAUUCCUACUUCGUUCUAUCCAUGGUUUUAUUUUCAGUAGGUACAGUUAUUACUGUGCUUGCUCUUGGUCAAGCUGAUGGAUAUAUUUUGAGUAAUUUAGGACAUAUGUGGCUCGUCGGACCUAUAUUCAUAUGCUCGGGUAUGAUGGUUGCUGUGAAGAGCAUGCUAUAUCUACGGAGAAAAAGUGUUAUUCAAAUGCUACUUCAUCAGCGUGCGAUUAUUAGGGACAUGGCAAGUAUUCAAGCAGAAUAUAGUACUCAAGUUCCUAGAACAGCAUCUAGUGCAACCUUGCCACCAUCAUAUGAUGCACUCAUUGCAAAUGCUGCCACAAGCAAACCUCAACCAUCAAGUUCUGACCCACCUCCACCCACCUAUGAUGAAGCUAUAUAUUUAAUAGGUGAAGAAAAGUUUCAUAUUGAUAACAAUAUUGAUGCUAAAGACGAAACCAGUAACCAAACAAAUCCUACAGAAGACAUUAAGCCUUAAAUUUAGAUGCAUAGUAUGGUCACUAGUUAUUUAAAGAUUUACUUAAUUUUUGUACUUAUGUUCAAUAACAUAGUCAACUUUAUCAUAGUAUUCUUAUAGUACCUAGAAAUUACCUUGUUAGCACAGUUGUUAUAUUAGGAUUUACAUAUUAUUAUGGUAAUAUUAAAAAAUUCAUGACUAACUUUUAUCAUGAAUGGUUUGUCCGUAGUUGUGCCUAAUAUGUAUAAAUAAGCUGUUAUAUUAUAAGUACUAACUAAUGGAGUCUCUUGACAAAGCUUUACAUAAGUAUUUAUAAAUACUUAUAACUGAAGCAAUAUUUACUAAGAAAUUGGAAUCCUUUGUAGACAUUGGCUUAAUAUUAUCUGUGAUUGAAUGUCUUAAACUUGUAAGGUCAAAUCUCCUGUGAUAAGAAAUUUUAAUUGGGCUUGUAACAUGUAGGCAAAUUUUAAAUCAGAUUAUUAUACUUUAAAGCAGUCAUCAUCACAAAUGUAAUAAAAUUAAUUUCUAGAGUACAUUAACAUUUAAAAAUACUUAUCAAAAUCAAGCUAUAAAUCAAGUUGCAAGCUCAAUUCACUUAAGAUAUGCCUAGUGAUGUCAUAAAAUAUUUUUUCCCAAUGAUCAAGUGGACUUAAUGUAUCAUAUUUGAAUUAUUUCUACAAAAUAUUGUUAUCUAAAGUCAUGACAUCAUCAGAUUUUUUUAGAAACUUAUAGUUGAAUAAUGAGCUAUAAUCUUAUUUCAAAAAAUGUAUCAACACAACAAUUAACUUUACAAUGGAAAUCAAAAGAGUAUAUUGUGUUAAUGUGGUCUAAACAAACAAAUUCAUCAUAUUUGUAAUAGUUUUGUUGCGAUAUAGAAAACUUAAGGUUACAAUUAAGUGUUUUUAAUGCAUUUCAAUGAUGUGUCAUAGGUCUUUUUACUAUGUCAUUUAUUUUUCUGUGAACUUUUCUCUAUUUAUUUAUCUACUUUAAUAAAUUGAAUUGUUCAUGUGGAUUAGGAAAAAAUAUAUUCAUCAGAACUAAUAUUGGUUAAUAGGAAGUUCAAUUUCAACUUAAAAUGUUGUGAAGACUGAAUAUACCAUUUACAUUGUUGGAAAUUUAUAUCAAACAUUUUUUUAACUAAUGUUGUAUUUGUAUAUAGAAUAAUGUUGAUCUGAAUGAUGUA